CCGUACAGUUCUCUAGUACCUUUACACAUUUAAUCAACUCAUAACGCGAUUCGAAUCGGUACAAGGUACCCUCUUUUUUUUCCUCGCAAUUUUCCCCUCUUUCGUCGACGAAUAUUUCGCGAGUGUGUAAUUCAUACGUAAUAUUUUUCUCUACACGUACUUAUAUAAUUAAAAGCUAUAUACCGUCGCGUCGCAUCGAGUCGGAGUCGGAGUCGCAGAUGACGAGUAAUAUUAAAAUCUAAUUUAUGCGCGUUUAAUGAGAUUAAUGAAUUUUUAUAACUACACUGUUUCAGUAGUCGCUAUACUAUACACUCGCGAGGCCUUUGAGCUUUGCGAAAUUCUCCUCGUAUUAUUUAAUUUUACACGUUGUAUAAUGGCUGCCUACUGUGCCUGUGAUAAAUAUCGAGCGACGUAGUGCUGCGUUAUUAUUGUUUUUUCAUCAUAUUGCUAUAACCAAAGUGAUGCCGAUGGCAGCUAAAAAUUACGUGAAAAAUACGCGUUCCUGUUUUACGAGUAUAUUGAAUUUUCGUCAAUAAAAAUACAAAUAUGUACGUGAAUUGUGACCACUCGAGUAUUAAUUAUUACGAAUUCCCUCCAACAAUGGACAUAGAGCAACCAAAAGAUGACUCGAACUGUCCGGUUACAAUCAAGAUUCUAAUGCAGGGAAAGGAAGUCGGUAGCAUUAUUGGAAAGAAAGGCGAAAUAAUUAAACGAUUUAGAGAAGAGUCAGGAGCCAAGAUCAAUAUAUCGGAUGGAACGUGCCCAGAAAGAAUCGUAGCGAUAACUGGUACAACGCAAGUUAUCUAUAAGGCGUUCUCGUUAAUUUGCUCAAAAGUAGAAGAAUUUCAAGACAUUCAAAAUCAAAAUAAAAACAACGGCCAACGUGCAUCUUCCAUAGUGAUAAAACUUAUAAUACCGGCGUCUCAAUGCGGCUCGCUAAUUGGGAAAGGAGGUUCGAAAAUAAAAGAGAUUCGCGGAUCGAGCGGAGCCAGUAUCCAAGUAUCAUCUGAUUUAUUACCAAAUUCGACGGAACGGGCAGUCACCAUGACCGGAACUAAAGACUCAGUUAUUCAAUGUUUAUAUCAUAUAUGUUGCGUUAUGUUGGAGUCACCGCCAAAAGGACCAAACAUUCCAUACAGACCGAAGCCUCACCUCGGCACACCGGUAAUACUGACCGGCAAUCAAGCCUACCCGCUUCCAGGAAUCACCACCAGUCCGGCCGAUGUAAGUACCAUUGUUUCGGUACCAGGGUGUGGGUCCCAGGGACCUUACUCGCUAGUUGUGCCUUCCAUAAAUGGCGUUACUCCUAUCGCAGUAUACGAUCCUAUAAUCAAGAACGGACAAUUACCGGCUGCAAUCCCGCAUCCACUCCCACCUGCUAUGCCUGAAAUCGGUAAGCUUGGCAACCCUUUAGCAAAUUUAGCAGCUCUAAGUAUAAGUGGAUUUUCACCGGCGGCUGCAGCUUCCUUUAAUCCGGCAGCUAUAGCCGCCUUGGCAGCCAGCCAACUGCAGAAUAAUUCUUCCAGAAAUUCGGGUUUGCAGCAAAGAACCUGCGAAAUGACUGUUCGAAAUGAUCUCAUCGGUUGCAUUAUUGGAAAAGGAGGCAAUAAAAUUGCUGAAAUAAGACAAAUAAGCGGAGCUCUAAUUAGAAUAUCGAAUUGCGACGAUCGCAACAGCAAUGAAAAUGUCGAUAGAACGAUAACAAUCACAGGAAAUUCCGAAUCGGUAGCAGUUGCUCAAUAUUUAAUUAACAUGAGUCUGGAGCAGCAGAAGUUGAAUCUGUUUUUGCAAAGCAAUUGUAGCCCUGGAAUGCUGGAAGGGCCUUCAGACAUAUUGGCACAGAUUCCUAGUCCUUUCACGUCUCUGCCAGAAUUACCUCAGUCACCUGUUAAACCUGCUAACACAUUUGACGCUACCGUACCUAUAUCAGAAUAUACCUAUGGAAACCUGCCAGUUAUCGAAAGUAUACCUUUAAUUAGUCCAUGUAGGAUUGAACAUUUCAAUAACGUAGCAACCGUUUCGAACGUUCAAGAAAAAGUCAACUUGCAUAAGCAUAACCGAACUAAAUACAAACCAUAUUAGAAAUACUAUACGAGUACAUCUCAGCUGUCUACGAGUAUAAUCAAUUACGAUAAUACUUUAUUUUUUUAUAUCUAAUAGAUUUUCGAACAAAAACGUUUUUUUCUUUUGUUCACUGAUAUCUUUUUUUGAUUUCGUAUCUAUAUGUAAAUUUAUGUAACGCGAAAAUCAAAAGAAACAAAUCGCAUCGCCAUGUAAAAAUAGCACUUUUCAUUUUACCUAAAAGAAAAAAAAAUUCGCAAUAAAACUCAUCGUUCAUUUAGAUUAUAUAUGGGCAACUCUAAUCGAAGAAAGUAAAUUUCAUCAAAAUUAUCGACUGAUUAAUGCCCUAAUAUACAUAUUUUAUAAAAUCGUCUCGAGUUAAGAUUCGAAUCUAAUUCGAUAGACGAAGGUAUUUUUAUAUUUUAAUGGUAAGUUUAUUAUUUUGAAAUUUGGAAAAUUGUAAUACUACAUAGCGUAUACCUGUGAUUACGUUAGUUUAGUAAAUACUGUGAUAAUUUUAGAAAGUUAUUGUAUACUUUUACGUCGUAUAUCUCUUAUUAUCCAUGUGUAAAACGAGUUAAAAAAUAUAUAUUCGUACAUACAA